AUGCCUGUCAUACCAGUACGAUAUGAAAGUCUGAAGGCGAUUCUGCCUUACAUGGAACCAAAUACAAGAUUCCAAAUCUCUCUGCGCAUCCCAUCAGUCAGCUCCCUUGAGAGCCGUAUUCCACUGAAAAUUGAGAAUUUGGCGUUUACGGGGUUAGAGACUAAAGUUAAUGAGGUCUCCUACCAAGUUCGUGUUAACCGUGAUUACGGUCGCAACGAAACUCCUUCCGAUGUUCACCGUAUGAAUCAAAGGGGAGGUUCUAACGAUGACAUUGAUCAAUAUGGAGUCAUUAUAUUUCCCGGAUUGGACCACGUACUUCCAGGAGAUAUCGAUUUGAGAAAUAGAGUUCACCGAGAUAUUCCGGAAAAUACGGAGGGGCAGGCACAACAUCUAGUCAACGUACUUUCAGGAGAUAUCGAUUUGAGAACAACAGUCCAACGAGAUCAUUGGUUCAAUACGGAAGAAUCGGAACAAACUGUAGUUCAACAACUGAGAGUUUUUAAAAUGUUGCUAGCUGAACGGUUGAAUCAGGAAUAUAUAGAAGACGACGAAACCCGGAAUGCAGUUGUUGGUGGUGCUUGGAAUGCUUUGGUAGAGACAUAUCGAAUAAUGACAUUAAACUAUUCUGUAGAAACUAUUCAAAACAGGAUUCAAUCACUUCGGGACUCGCUUCGUCCGUUCAACAAUCGUCGGGACAAUAGGAUUCCACCGUCUACUGCCUGGAUUCAAUUUACUACACGCUCUCCAAAAGGAAUCACAAUCCAACGUGUUGCAUACAAUAAGUAUCUUUAUGAAGCAAGAAAGACGGUGCACACGAAACUGUUUGGAAAUCGUGGUUCGAGUAUAUCAGUGAAGAAUCUGAACAUUAUCCAUCACGAUCGAAUUCUCCGUUUUCCCGCCGCAACUAUUUUCAAAAUCGAAAAUUUAGAAGUUACAAACUGGAAUUCACGUGAAUUCGAACGGUUCAAGCAAGUCAUUCAUCCAUCAUCUCUUCCAAUUCGGCGACUGAAAGUUUCAAGUAGUGUUUUCACUGCAGAUUUUCAACACGCAAUUGCGAGAGAGGCAAAAUAUUUGAUUAUCGAUAAUGCAUUUGCCAAUGCAUUUGCUUCAUGGACACCAAUCCUUCUGAAUCUGACCAACCGAAGAGUGUGUUUGAAGAAUGAGAACACACUGAAUUCACCAAAUAAUUAUAUGGAUUUAAUUGAGAAUUGGCUGCAACAAGGGCGUCCAGUUGGGACCUGUUUCCAUAUGGGAAUCAAAAACGAGGAGACCGUGAAGCAAUGUUUGGACACUUUGAAACAGAGACAAGAAGUUAUUGGAUCUUCUGAAAAACAAGUUCAACUCCGUAUCAAUGCUGCAUUGAUGCUCGAAGUUUCUUAUGAAAUGAUUGAGCAACCUGGGAGAUUACUAAGAGAUGACCAAGGGAAGUGGUGGCUGAGACUAAGAGUUGUUCGUAGAAGAUAUGAUUAA